GGAAAACACGCAGGGCGUGGCCUGCGAAAUGUUACCGAUGUAACGGAAACCGCGAUACCUGCAGAUUUGUUUGAAAGUUUCGUUUGAAAAAUGAAAGUGAAAAAAGUGAGAGAUGAACCGAGUUUCCUGAGAGCCGCGCUGCGCCGCAGCUCCAUCGGAAAUGACUCAUAGGCGCUGAACUGCGCAGCGUGGGUGUGUGCGCACUAUUAAAACACGGCGCAGACUCCUCCGCAUGACUCACUCUGAUGCUCGCUUUUCCAUCUGAAACCAGCGCGGAUCCCAAUCAGAUGAACUUUUGGGAAUUGCGUGGCCGACAGCGAGCAGCUCUCCUCCCGCACUCAGCAUGGCUCCAGCCGCAGUUUGCGCACUAAUCUGCGGGUUUAUUCUGGCGGCUUCCACCGGGAUCCAGGCGGAGAAAGGUCAGUGCCAAACCUCAGAGUUCUUCAGCUCAGACCUGGGAGUUUGUGUUCCCUGCACUUCCUGCAAGCAGUACCCCAAAACCCCGUCCUGCAACACAUGUAAACCUCUGGAGGAGACGCCGCACGUCUGGAAGCUGGCGGCCAUCACCAGCUUCUCGGUUCUGGGCGUGGUUCUGAUCAGCGCUGCUCUGAUCAUCGGCGUCAUGAUGCAUCGACGCAAAUCACACAAACGACCUCUGAGAGAACCCAUCGAAGAGACGGCGGGGCCACUUUACCAAGCUUAAACAGCCGACCUCAUCCCACUCUGCAACCAGAUGUGACCAAACCACAGAGCCUGAGGAACCUCUGGACCACGAGCCGCACACCGGACCCCGGGGCCGCGGCUCCGGCUGCAGACGGGCCCAUCUUUAUUUAUUGGACUGUUGGUGAGGAGCUGAGCUCAGUUCUGAUCGGGUCGGUCAGACAGCAGGCGACCCGCUGAGCCUCUGCUCACCCUGUAGGAAUAGUAACAACGUUAUACACUAGUUUGGUUUCCUGUUCAGGAAACGUCUCUUUGUUUUGCAUUAACUGAGACUCCAACCUGGAGGCUCUUGGUGGGUUUCCAGACGUUUGAUUCCGUUAAGACUUCAACUCGUGUUCUAGUGUGAACUCCGGCGAUGCGGCGCAGCGAUGCGACGAUGCAACGCGGCGAUGCAACGCGGCCUCUAACUGCACACGUGAAGAAGACAAACUGUUCGGCACAUUAAGGCCAUUUGAAUGUAGCUUUAUGAGAAACGUCCCCAGUACGCACCAGCUGAACCGUCCUCAUGCACUCUGGGCCAGGCUUGCAAAGGGCUGACCGGCGGUAGCCCAGGGCGCCACAUUUAGGGGGCACUUCCCAAAAUGUUUAUUUUUUUUACCUCAUAUUAAACACAUGCACUCAUUUUGCAUGUGGUGUUUUUUUAAAUAUUGUUGUUUUUUAUUAAUUUGAGCAACACUCAAAUAUUAAGAUGAUGAAGUUUCAUCUUUUUGGACCAACAUGGCGGCCCCUGCCAGAUGUUUUUACCCAACCAAUCAGCAGUUUGUAGCUGCUAAUUUGUCAGUGUUUGUUACAGAGCCCCCUAGUGGCCAGAGGGACCUUUUUCUUUUGCAUUUCCUCUCAGUAAUGUUUUCACUGCUCAGUUAAUGUGACGUCUCUAAAACUGGAAGACUUUUUCAUGUAUGUUUGUAUCUCGUUUGUGACGUAUCAGAAGGUUUCUAUCUUUAGGACACAAACGCAGCACAAACUUCUGUGCAAAAGUAAAACAGGUCAAACAUGGCAUUUAAAGGGGCGGUUUAAAAAAAAUCCUGUUGUAUCUUUAAAUCAUGUUUCCCCUGGAAUGUAGAUUUAUUUCUUUCAUGCAUGUUUGUGAAAUCAAUCUCCAUGGCAACCAUUCAGUUGCGUAAAACACCUGGGUGGACCUAGCCCCGCCUUCAAGAUGCAGCUCCUCCCUCUCAACUCCUUCAGACUAGCCAGCAGCAAUUAGCAAACACAUUUAUUGAGCUCAUUAUAGGAACUGCUGCUCAGAGCAACGCUGGUAAAAAUGUUGUUAAAGGGUUAACAGAGGAGCCAUGUUGGAAUGACUUCCUGGAGGCGGAGCUUCAGAACCAUCAGGAGUUUUUAAAGAGAGAGACCCAAUUUCAAGGUGUUAAAUCAGGAAGUUCUUUCUCAUUUAAGUUAUUUAUUAACAUGCUAACUUGAUGAUGCUAUAAAAUAGCAUCAUGUGUUAAGGAAAUACAUAACGGCCCUUUAAAUUCCUUUUAAGACAUUAACAGAAACUUAGAUCCAAGCUAAUUAUGCUAUUUUUGAGUUAUUUUCAUGGAGAAAAACAAUCCCUGACAUCCCUUAGGGGGCGCUGUAUUUUGUAAAUCACAUCUGUAACAGAUUUUUAAAAUGUUUUAAUUUUCGGUGGGUUUGGGCUCCAAACUGGUCUCCAGCCCAGGGCCUCCUAUUCCUCUAAAUCCGGCCCUGUUUUCACUGUUACUGCCUCUCCUGAGACCAGCAGACAGUUUUUAAUGAAUUUUCCGCUCGUUCCAGCGCUGUUGUUCUGUUUUUACUGUGCCUGACUUUCAGAAGAGGCGGCUCACAUCCGCGUCUCGGCGCUUGCAGGACAGGAUGUGAAACACUAGACACUCACUCCAAACUGCUAACAUGUGGGAAUGCUGCGAGGAAUGCGCUGCGGAGCAGGAAAAAACCUGCAGUGUUUUAGUUGGAGCUCCUGGACGCUCUUCCCACAUGUUUCUGUGACUUUACAGCUAAAGCAGCAAAACAAGGGAUGAGUUUGCUUGUUCAAUUUAUCAUAGGUUUUCUAUCAGAUUGUAACAGACGUGGUUUUUCAAACUGUUGAGCUAAUUUCAAGGUAGUUUUAACUGCAUUGAGGAAUCACUUCACAAAUAGUUUUUUUAAUUUUUUUUAGAAGAUGUGUAUAUUAUUUAUUUUUUUAAGCGUCUCAGCGCAGCAACUCUGACUGUGAGGAAGAGAAGUGCAUUUCAAAGAGACUCCAGUGAAGGUCUUUAGUGAAAAGCUAAUUAACAUUUUGCUUUUAUUCUCCUGCUUCGUUUCUUCCUUACAUGCACUGGCUUCUCUUACUUCAAACUUUUGUGUAGCAAAUAUAUUUUCACAAUAAAACUGACAACUUUU